AUACGAUGGGGCUAGAGUGCGGAAACAACAAGGCAUCCUCCGGCAAUCCAGAGGAUAAAUCUUUGUCUGCACCACCACCGCCACCGGAACAUAGCCUCUACCACCAAAUGUUUAAGCGAACUCCGAAGAUGGUCAUAAUCUUCGCUGUGGUGGCGCUUUCGUGUUUGGUUCUUUAUCACUCUUCCUUCACCUUUCCAUUUUCGCGCGACUACAACUCUUUCUCCUUCGGCACUCGCCUUGCUAGUUCUGAUAUCAAUCUUAAUGAGUUGAAAAUCAUACUUAAAAAGGCUACAAUGAGUAAUAACACAGUUAUCAUUACCACUCUGAAUGACGCAUGGGCAGAACCAAACUCUAUGUUCGAUCUUCUUUUAGAGAGCUUUCGAGUUGGGAAUCAAACGAAGAGGUUUUUGAAACACUUGGUCGUCGUAACUUUAGACCAAAAGGCGUAUACUCGGUGCUUGAAGUUACAUCCACAUUGUUACAAUCUUAGAACUGAUGGGACAGACUUUUCAGAAGAGGCAUAUUUUAUGGCACCGGAUUAUUUGAAGAUGAUGUGGAGAAGAAUUGACUUUCUACGAAGCGUUCUUGAUUUAGGGUAUAGCUUCGUCUUCACGGAUGCUGACAUAAUGUGGUUUAGAGAUCCAUUUCCACAGUUUCACAAGGAUGCUGAUUUCCAAAUUGCUUGUGAUUAUUUUAAUGGUAACCCAUCAGACUUACAAAACCUACCAAAUGGAGGUUUUAAUUAUGUGAAAUCAAACAAAAAAACAAUUCAAUUUUACAAAUUUUGGUACAACUCAAGGCUAACUUUCCCAAGCCUACAUGAUCAAGACGUGUUCAACAAAAUCAAGUUUAGUCCUUUCAUCACAAAUGUUGGGUUACAAAUUCGGUUCCUGGAUACUGGUUACUUUGGUGGUUUUUGUCAGCCAAGCAAAGAUUUAAACAAGGUAUGCACAAUGCAUGCCAAUUGUUGUGUUGGGUUGGAGAACAAGGUUCAUGACCUUGGGAUCAUGCUAAGCGACUGGCGGAAAUAUCAAAAAUCGCGUGUGAAUCAAACGUCGACACAAGGGUCCACGGGUUCAUGGACAGUUCCUCAACUUUGCAGGGGUUCUUUCCAUCGUCCUCGCGCCCCAAAGAAGAAAGAAGGUCAAGGAAGGAAGAGUUGAUCUAUCGUCGCGUAACAUCUUGUUCAACAUUAACCUGCAUAACCCGUUUUCGUGAAGAUUUUGGAUGCAAAAUUUCAGAGUUUGUUAUUAAUCUUAAAAAGUGUACAGAAGAUGGUACAAUCAAGAAGCUACUGAUAAAGGGCUAAAGUGGAUUUAUUUUUACUUCAUUGUAGAAUUUCGAAUCUCUUAUUCUUGGUUUUCAGUAUUUUUUCCAACUGUUUUGGCCACAACAAGUGGCUUUGAUGACUGAGUCACUAAUUUAAAUUCAUAAAAGUAAUAAACUUAUGUCAAACUUGUAAAUGUUUAA